GAAAUACUUGGCAUUUUUCAUAAUAAAAUAAAGAAACUUGACCUUACAUUGUCUGAUACCUGAGAAUUAUAUAAGGAAAUGUCCGAUCUGAAUGCGCGGGACAUUCCUUCCCUAUAUCCUCGGAUUCUGUAAUCUAACAUAUACAUACAACCACUCUGUAUUUAUAUGUUUUUAACUCAAAAUUGCAACUUUUAAUUUGGGUUUUUCUGAAUUUAAUUGUUGAGCUCAAAUUGAAGUUUUUGUAGGAGCCCAUCUUCAGCUUUGGAGUUCUUGAUGCAAAUUGGUGCACAAUGGCAACAAAGUUAACUAAAGGGCCUAGGAGUUCGGUAUCUAUUUUUAUAGUAGCUGGCUUGUGUUGUUUUUUUUAUUUGUUGGGAGCGUGGCAAAGGAGUGGUUUUGGGAAGGGAGACAGUAUAGCUUUGGAGAUGACCAAGGCAGGUGCAGACUGCAGUGUGCUUCCAAAUCUGAAUUUUGACACUCACCACCACAGUGAUUCUCGGACCAUUGAUGAUUCUGGAUCAAAAGUUAAAAUAUUUCAGCCAUGCAAAGCUCGUUAUACAGAUCACACACCUUGCCAAGAUCAGAAACGUGCAAUGAAAUUCCCAAGGGAAAAUAUGAAUUACCGAGAAAGGCAUUGCCCGCCGCCGGAAAAGAAGUUACGCUGCCUUAUCCCUGCCCCCAAAGGAUAUGUGACCCCUUUCCCAUGGCCAAAAAGUCGUGAUUAUGUACCCUUCGCAAAUGCCCCUUAUAAGAGCUUAACAGUUGAGAAGGCUAUCCAGAAUUGGAUUCAGUAUGAGGGUAAUGUCUUUAGAUUCCCUGGUGGAGGGACACAGUUCCCUCAAGGGGCAGAUAGAUAUAUUGAUCAGCUUGCUUCUGUAAUACCAAUUGAUAAUGGAACUGUAAGAACUGCUCUGGACACUGGUUGUGGGGUUGCCAGUUGGGGUGCAUACCUUUGGAAGAGGAAGGUUAUAGCUAUGUCAUUCGCACCAAGGGACUCUCACCAAGCACAAGUUCAGUUCGCUCUUGAGAGAGGAGUGCCUGCUGUUAUUGGUGUUCUAGGAACCAUAAAAAUGCCGUACCCAUCCAAGGCUUUUGACAUGGCCCACUGUUCUCGUUGCCUAAUCCCAUGGGGAGCUAAUGACGGAAUAUACAUGAUGGAAGUUGAUCGAGUUUUGAGACCUGGUGGCUACUGGGUUCUUUCAGGUCCUCCAAUUAAUUGGAAGAAUAACUAUAGAGCAUGGCAGCGUCCUAAGGAGGAUCUUGAGGAGGAACAAAGAAAGAUCGAAGAUAUUGCGAAGCUUCUAUGUUGGGAGAAAAAAACCGAGUUUGGUGAAACGGCUAUAUGGCAGAAAAAAUUGAACACUGAAUCUUGUCGUGCUUCACAAGCCAAUACUUGUGAAUCCUCAGACCCGGACAAUGUGUGGUACAAAAAGAUGGAGGCAUGCAUAACCCCAUCUACCAAAUCAGACAGUGAGGAAGGUGGUGCGGAGCUGAAGGCAUUUCCGGAGAGGCUUUAUUCUGCCCCUCCCAGAAUUGUCAGUGGAUCUGUCCCUGGAAUAUCUGUUGAGACUUACCUGGAGGAUAAUAAAAUCUGGAAGAAGCAUGUGAAUGCCUAUAGAAGAAUUAAUAAACUUAUUGAUUCUGGAAGGUACCGCAACAUAAUGGAUAUGAAUGCUGGAUUGGGAAGUUUUGCUGCUGCUCUGGAGUCUCCAAAAUUGUGGGUUAUGAAUGUUGUCCCUACUCUGCAUGAGAAAAAUACUCUCGGUGUUGUAUACGAGCGAGGAAUGAUUGGCAUCUACCACGAUUGGUGUGAAGCUUUCUCAACUUACCCAAGAACCUAUGACUUUAUUCAUGCAAGCGGUGUUUUUAGUUUGUACAAGGACAGAUGUGAUAUUGAAGAUAUUCUUCUUGAAAUGGACCGUAUUCUACGGCCAGAAGGUGCGAUUAUUAUCCGCGAUGAAGUUGAAGUAGUUGUCAAAGUGCAGAAGAUUGUUGGAGGAAUGAGAUGGGAUACUAAAAUGACAGAUCACGAAGAUGGUCCCCUUGUACCUGAGAAGAUUCUUGUCGCAGUCAAACAGUAUUGGGUCAUGGAUGAUAAUAACUCCACAUCCCCGCUGUAAAAUUAUUGGGAACCCGUAGAAUGAUGAAUUGAGGUCGUAUUUAGAGGAAGGGAAAGAAGAUUGGCUACAGUAAGAUGCAACGUAACAGAAAUAAUGGCGCUACUGGCAUGGAACAGAGGUGGUAAUGGUUUUAAAACAUGAUUCAUGUAUUAUUUAUUAUUCAUCCUAUAUUGUUCUUAUCUUGUAUAUUUACAUCCCGAAAUUUGUAAAUGUACUUUACCUAUACGGUAAACAAUAGAAGGCUGGCUCGGUAUCAUAUGUUGUAUGUUUCAAAAGCAAUUAAAUGGUUUAUUAUUUGGGAAUAUAUAAUCUAGGUGUGUUUUUCGGAUA